UGUUUUAACAUAUUUUUAAAAGAGCUAUGUGUCCACUGUCCACUGUCAACGCGUCUCCGCAAAAGCCAGAGAGUCCGAGACACUUCCAGAGACCAUUAGGAAACAAAUUCCGCAACACAUUCAAUCGUCAUCGCUAUACAAAACAAUAUGAUAAUACCAAUUUGGAGCUUCAGAUUGCGAUGGAGAAGACACUUCAAAAACUCACAACAAUCCAUUUAUUUUGCCCUUCACUUUCCACCUUUGCUCCAUUCCUAGCUUCCCGCGACCAUUACAUCGAUAUCGGCUCCAUAGCCGCCAUUUUUGGCCUCGACCCUUCAUCGCUGAAACUCAAUGGUCGCUUCCUCAGCCGCGGCCGCGAUCUCAUCUCCUCUGUUACUUGGAACUCUCUUCUCUCUUUCUUCUCUACUAAACGCCUCCCAAUUGGGAGCUCCCAUAAUGAUGCUCUUCUCGUUGAUGGAAAGCUCUCUAAAAUUGGCGCCAAGAGAGUUCAUGGUUCUCAGGAAUUUGUAAGUGGAGAUCGUUAUGAGGCUGAUGAAGAACAUGAUGAUGUUAAUGCUGGAAGGAUAAAACCAGAAAGCAACUUGGUCAAGAACAAAAAGAUGAAGUUUAUGGACUUUGGAACCAAACAUAUGGAUUCUCCAUCAUCCAAAUUUAGUCCAAAUGGUUGUAAAAGAAAGCAACAAACGGAAGAAGUUAUCUUACUCAAGAAACUGAAGUUAAACGAAACCAAAUCAGGUUUUGAUGAAUUAUCGGAUGGAGGAGUGAGCGACACAGCCAAUGUUGCCCAACGGACGGCGUAUUCGUGUAGCGUCAACAGUAAUAUGAAAAGGAUGAGAGAAGAAGAAACACUUGUUUCUGCUUUAUGCAAGAGAAGUAGAUGAGCACAUGGUUUCCCCAAGCCAGUCCACCCUAUUUCGUAACUUCUUCUUCGUUGAGGUUUGUAAAUAUGAACAUGGUUACUGUGUUCUACGGUGAUUCUCAAUAUGUAAAUCUACUGGUUGGUAUAGAAUUGUAGUUUUGUACUUUUGUUCAAAAAUCUUAGGUCUCAUUACCCCCAUUAAAACUUCAUAUGAAAAGUUGACCUUAUUUGA